AUGUACUGGGUGGCCAGGCCGCUACCUGCCUCGGCGCCGGGGCGUGCAGAAACACCGGGCCCGCGGGCGGAGCAGCAGCAAUUACAGGAGUACGCGGUGACGCGGUCCGCGGCGUUCUUCCUGGCGGCGGCGGCGCUGCUGCUGCUGGCCGAGGUGUGCGUCCUCGCGGGGCACUGCGCUCGCCACCGCCGCCUCUGCACCUUCGUCUCGGGCGUCAUCUGCAUCGUCGCUGGUCUGCUGAUGCUGAUCGGGCUGGUGAUGUACAUCUCGAUCUUCAAGGCGGAGAUCGGCAGCAAGCUGCGGCCGCGGUCGCAGCUGCAGCCGCCGCUGUUCACGUACCGCUACGGCUUCAGCUUCCUGCUGGUCGUGUCGGGCUUCAUGGCGUCUGAGACGGCGGGCACGUGCGCCGUCUUCCUCUACAUCUUCUGGCACCAGCUGGAGUGGGGCCGCAAGCGCCACGACCUGCACCGGAAGCUGUCCGCCUCCUCGGCGCUGCUGUCGCCGCCACCGCCCGCCUGUCGCAGACACCACUUACCUCCGCCGCCCCCGGUGAUCCCGCACCGGCGCUACAUGCUGGAGUCCGGCCGCGGGCUCGGCGGGGGCAGCACGUCCCGGCUGCCGCCCCCGGAAGACCACUGCCGGUCGCCGCCGCCGCCGCCGCCAUGCCUGAGCCGGUCGCACCAGGACCUGCGCUCCGCGGGCGGCUGCUUCCACGCCCCCGUGCCCGCCCCCCAUCACCACGGCCACCACCAUCACCAUCACCACCAUCAUCACCAGCGAGAGCUUUCAACUUCAAGCCGUUCGUCGUCCUUCUUCCCGCGUGACGCGACUACGAACACGGUGUCGACGACUGCGGACAUCAACUCCUGCGCCGGCGACGAAGACGACGCAGAAGGCAGCGGGACACCUGGGGUGGUGUGCACUGCUGCCGGGCCCAACGGCGUCUCCACCGACGACGACGACGAUGACGAGUACUCGCCGUCGCUGCAACACGAAUUCGUCACGUUCGACUUGGACGACACGCAGCCGCAACUGCAGCCGGCGCCGCAGCGAGUCAUGGUCGACGAGCAGCAGCAAACCACCGUGUCGGCGCUGCGGCCCAGAGGGGACUUCGGGUUCGACACUCUGCGUAGGACUACUCCCGUGUAGCCACCGGCGAACAUUGCUCUUCGUCUGCAGUGUAGAGGGACUAGCGGUCGAGACGCUAUACCUCAGCCUUGACGAAUUCGCUUCUCUCAACUUUACGUGAGCAGGAAAAACCCUAGGUAGAUCUGAGGACCAAACUGCAACUAGUGUCGUUGCGUAUUACACAAAAUGUACACUCGGAGAACGACGUCACAUUUACACACGACACAUGUUAACUCUCGGAUAUGCGGAUUACAAAUGUUGUAAGUAGUCUGCAAUAUCUGCAACAAAACACGUGUCAUACAGGGUAAGCUUUUGCGACCUAUAGUCCGAGUCGGUGAAGUACUUUUGGCGCGUAACAGUGUCAUGGCAUAAAAUGCAGUGAUAGUUGUAUAUUUACAACUGGACAGCUUCUCCACCAAUAGUCAAAUAACAAUAUCGAUCAGUCUAAAAAUCAGAUUAUACAAAUGGGAAGCCGGAGAGCAAAUAUUUUACUGCUGGGGUACUUGUUUUCACAAUUAAAUCGGUUUUCAAUAGCAAAUCAUAUGAAAGCUUCUGCAAUGACGAAUCGCUUUCGUAAUCGUUUCCUAGUGUCGUUUGGAAUCGGGCAUUAUUUUUCCGUUCACGGCGACGUUCGAUUUGAAGUCGCUGGCAACCUGGUCAGCGAGGCUAUAGCCGUUCUCGAGGUUUUUCCUGGGAGCCCGCUUGGCGUAUACUGCAUCCUCUCUAAGCUUUCUCGUUGUGAUAAGUCGCUCCUUAGCGUGAAACUAGUUUCUCUAGAAUGUGUGGGCCUGCAGCAUUCAUCUGGGUAUUCUAAUAAAGCUGAUUUGUCAGUUUUACGGGGCUAUAUGCAAAGUCUGUGCUCUGCUACGCGUUUGUUUCGUAGAACAGCCCGCGUUUGUCGCUAAGCUGAAACCUGUCAUGUAGUACUUAAAAAGAACAGUACUUCGCUUCUCCUGAUUCUUAUCAUUCAGUCAUCACACGAACGGCCAAUAUGUGAUGCCACGUGACAGCUGGAUGGAUGGCGAACUCAGUGGCAUAUAUAUGGCUACAAUUACACGCAGCUGAACAUACGGCGAAAGCUGCCGGCGACAAUAGUAAAAACAUUGGUUGCUAAUUUGUGUUUAGCUUGGUGCGAUUACACACCCAAAAAUUUACUGAUGUACUCUUGUUAUAUUUAUAUUUCCCUCAGAUGCUAUAUUAGCACAGGAUGGCCUUGAUACGA